CAACAUCCUAUCACAGCCUUUCCUGGUGGCCAUUUCACCUUACCUACUGGUGUCACAAGCCUCUAAGCCUUACCGACUGGUGUCACAAGCCACUGAGCCUUACCGACUGGUGUUACAAGCCACUGAGCCUUACCUGCUGGUGUUACAAGCCACUGAGCCUUACCUGCUGGUGUUACAAGCCACUGAGCCUUACCUGCUGGUGUUACAAGCCACUGAGCCUUACCUGCUGGUGUUACAAGCCACUGAGCCUUACCUGCCAGCAUUUAUACUUUGCUUUUAUUUUUGUUGGAAAGUAAAAGAAGCAGAAUUGAACUUUGUUCAAUCAUAAUGCUUGUUUUCUGACAGAUUUGGCCAUAACCAAACAUGAAUGACAUUUCUACAUUUGGGAAUUAUUACUUCUGUCUGAGUGGAGAGAAAUACCUGCCCAGAAAUUCUCCUCAGCCCUGUUUAGGGAAUAGGAGACUCCAUGACCAUGUUGACCAGUCUUCUGCUUCUCAGUGCUGCCUUUGCUCUGGGAGAUGCAAAUUCAUUGCUAGAAGAAGACUUGUGUCCUUCCGGUUGGACCAAAUAUGGAUCACGCUGUUUAAUGUUUGUAAAGACUACAAGGAGCUGGCCUGAAGCAGAGCGGUACUGUGUGUCCCUUGGUGAUCAACUGGUGUCUGUACCCAACGUUGUGAAGUACCUUGGCGCAAACCUGGCAUCUGUGCACAGCUCUGAGGAGGACCAGUUUCUACAGGCGUUGGUCUUGGUCAAGACUGUUGGUUUCCCUCCUACCUGGACUGGAGGAUUUUAUUCGGUUAAGGACAGGCGGUGGUUCUGGAGUGAUGGCUCCGACUUUGAUCACCAGAACUGGGCUAAAGGAAGGCCUGGUGCUGGUGCCAGAGAGUCUUGUGUUCAUAUCAACUUUGGAGCUGAAUCUUCAGGUCAACAGCGCUGGGACAAUGCAUUAUGUGAAAGGAGCUUGCCCUCUGUGUGCUCCCUGAGGCUCCUGCCGCUUCGCCAGAGUAUCCAUUAAAAGCAGCAAUGCUAUUCCGUAGUGUCUGCACCCUUAAUACUUCAUGGUAACGUCAAAAUACUUAGUUGUUGUUAAAUGAAGUCUGUUUCUACACAUGUUGAGGAAUUGUUUGCAGCCAAUAAAAUGUGGACACUA